AUGCGCAUCGCGGGGGCGAUGAAAGACAGGCGUGGUGAUGCUUCGUUGUUCUUGCCAUCGUUCUAUCAGGGGCACUUCAAGGACCUGCCGAAAGAGGCUGCCCGAGAAGUGCGAGAUCCUGUGUCCGUCCACAGCCCUGCGGCUGACGAGACCUGCCGUGAUUGCCGCGGGGAGCCGUGCACGAGCGGUGUGGCGCCAGGACGUCCGACUUGCCCGAGGGUCGGCGGACGCCUCGCCGACCGCCUCUGGCCUGAUAUCAAGAUCGAUGGGCCACGAGGCAUAUCCGGCAUCCCGAAUCCUUCCAUUCGUGGUCAGACGGGGUCCACCUGCGGCCCUUGCAGCCAGAGCUCUUGCUGCUGA